GUUUCAGUCGCGAUUUUAAGAGGUGUCGUCAUUUUUAAUGUAUUUUUUUUGUCGGAAGUGAGUGCUCAGUGAGUUUUUUUUGUCACAUUAUUACCGACAACGUAAGCCGGCACGGUUUUCUUAAGUGAAAAAUAAGACAAGGUGAAAGGCAAUAAAUAUUUAAAUGUUCUAGCCUACUUACAUUUCGAAAGAACGGUGAAAUUUAUUCAUUUUUCCUCUUGCGUUCCAAAUGGUGUCGGGAAGAAACAGAAGAAAACGCCAUCCAGUGAUCGCCAGUUGUAUAUGUGUGCGUUCGAUAGAUUACUACAGAUUUUUAUUGUGUUAUUUUGUGACAAAGGAGAAUUUUGGUUAUGGUUCAUCUGUUUAUCAUAAGUGCCUAAUAAAAUCAGAAACUUUGUGGUUCAUUCAAUGAUAAGUAACUGAAGGAUAAUACACAUUAACGGACAGUAUAUGGGAAAUAACACCGCAGCUCAUAAAUCAGUUAACUUGGAGCGCAAUCUUCUAUGCCUUGCGGUGUUCGUUCACAACCACUAGUCGGCCCUACUGGUCUGAUGCUGCUGGAUGUGUCCAUGUUUGAAAGAAGCCCACUUCGAUCCAUUAGCAGCAGCGAUUUACCUCCAUCAUCACCAUCCGGAUUUCGAGUGUUGUCCGACCAUUGGUCAGGCCAAAUUGCGAGCAUCGUGAAGUGCCGAUACAGUCUGGGUUAAUAAUUGAAAAUCGCGGGUUCACUGCCUAACACCCUUCCGGAGUUGGAGUCGGUGCGGUCCAUCACUGACAGACGAAAGACGUGCAACGAAUCGAAGAAAAGUGGAGUUUGAAUAAUCUCACUGGGCUUUAGAUACUGGCCAUAAACGAGUAGUGUAAUAGCAAAGUUGUGUUUGUGCUGAUUUUCUAUGUGCUUACGUAUCUGUGAAUAACAAGGGUAGAAGAAAAUUCACAAUCUUCUCGAAAAGCUCCAACCUGUGGUAUUAGAAAGAGUAUCAGCAUCAACAAUGUUGAAAUUUAUACGAGGAAAAGGCCAACAACCUUCGGCCGAACGGCAGAAGCUGCAGAAAGAAUUAUUUGCAUUCCGCAGGACUGCUCAACAUGGUUUUCCAAAUAAGCCGUCAGCGUUGGCAUAUGAUCCUAUAAGCAAGCUGAUGGCCAUCGGUACCAACAGUGGCAUCAUUAAAGUUUUCGGAAGGCCCGGCGUUGAAUUCUACGGUCAGCAUCCUGCAACAACAAACGCUUUAGAUUCAAUUGUACAAUUGCUAGAAUGGAUUCCUGGAAGCGGUCGGUUGCUGUCACUGACUGCGUCGAAUCAGUUAAUUUUAUGGGAACCAACCGGAACGGUACUGGUCCCCAUAAAAACGCUUCCGUUUGAUGGUAAAUUGAAAAAGAUUUCAUCAUUAUGCUGUUCGUACAUGAAAGAUACAGUAUGGAUCGGAACAGAGGGUGGCAAUGUGUAUCAGUUUGAUAUAAAAAGUUUUUCUGUAAAAGAACCGGUUAUCUAUCAUGAUGUGGUUCUCGAGCAAUUGCCACAAUCUUACAAGCUUAACCCGGGAGCAAUUGAAUCAGUUAAACAAUUGCCAAAUAACCAUAACCAACUGCUGAUUGCGUACAACCGUGGACUAACAGUUUUGUGGGAUCUGGAGGUAUGCAAUGUCAAACAAUCGUUUAUUUCACCGGGACACGGUCAGAGUGUUGGUUUGUUCAUAUCACCUUGUGGAACGCAGUUUACAUGGUACCACGCAGAUGGAUCCUUCGCAACGUGGGAUUUGGAUAGCGUUAUUCCACCGGAAAAUCAAAAAUACGUUCCCUAUGGCCCCGAUCCCUGUAAGGCGAUAGAUCGUUUGAUUCGUGGGAAGCGAGGUUUGUGUGAGUUGGUCGUAUUUUCCGGCGGUAUGCCAAGAUCCGCUUACGGUGAACAUCAGUGUGUCUCCGUUCACUGCCGCGAUGGCACAAAGCUUGCAUUUGACUUCACAUCGAAAGUGAUAGAUUUCUUCGUUACAUUUAAUGAUGAACAUCCUGAGCAAGCCGAAGUUUUAGUUGUUCUGCUAGAGGAAGAGCUUGUUGCUUAUGAUUUGACAGACGAAACGCUACCUCAAAUUAAUGCCCCCUACCUGCAUUCCCUUCACGCGUCAGCCGUUACUUGUAACCAUUUAGUAUCGCAGGUAUCUAGUGAAGUGUACGAGAAAAUUCAACGCGCUGGAGAGGCCCAACUGGCAGACUAUAGCUCUAGUCCAUGGCCCAUUACUGGGGGAACAAUACCUGAAACCGACGAAGAAGAACGUUCUGAAUAUGAUGUACUAAUUACAGGCCACGAGGACGGAUCCGUUAAAUUUUGGAAUUGUUCGGAAGUUUGCUUAACACCUCUGCUACAUGUUAAAACAGCCCCACUGUUCAAUAACAGCGAAGAUUUCGACAAUCAUUUGAGUACUUCCAAUGAACAGUUAGACGAUGGAGAACCGCCUUUCCGGAAAGCUGGUCAAUUUGAUCCGUAUUCGGAUGAUCCACGUUUGGCUGUCAAAAAAGUUCAGCUAUGCCCGAAAACAGGCACAUUAGUUAUUGCUGGCACGGCCGGUAACGUUGUGAUUGCAAACUUUGAUACUGCUCCUGAGGAACCAGGUCCGCUAAAGGUAACGACCAUGAAUCUGGUUUGCGACCGCGAUGGAUUCGUAUGGAAGGGACACGAUCAGCUGAAGGUUAAGAGGCAAUUAUUGGAGGAGAAUCUGCCGAUAUUAGAGGGUGUUAACUUCAGCAGCAUCUUGCAAGUAUUGCCACCUGCUGCCGUUACGUGUAUUGCAGUGCAGAGUCAGUGGAGCUUAGUUGCUGCUGGUACUGCACAUGGUCUAGUGCUUUUCGAUUAUCACAGCCAGAAUCCAGUAUUGCACAAGUGCACUCUGAAUCCCAACGACUUAACUGGUGCUGGAGAAACUCUUUCACGGCGCAAAUCAUUUAAGAAAACCCUCCGAGAAUCUUUCCGUCGUCUGCGAAAAGGUCGUUCCACUCGUAAUAAUCCGGGUGCUCAAGCAGCGACACCAGCGGAGACACGUCCUGUGGAGCGACAGAUCGAAGCCCGACCGGUGGAUGAUGGAAUGGGAUCGAUGGUACGAUGUUUAACCUUUGCACAGACAUUCGUUACCAAUCAACAGCAUACCAUUCCCACGCUUUGGUCCGGUACCAACUCUAGCUGUGUUUCGGUAUUUGUCUUGCAUGUUCCUGUUCGUCAACCGCCCUUGCAGAGCGGUGAGGCUAACGUCGAUAACGAUGCUCCACCACCAAAACCAAUCACCGGACAACUUGCAAAGGAGAUACAACUGAAACAUCGUGCCCCAGUUAUUGGAAUUGCUAUUUUCGAUCAGCAUGGUGUUCCUCUUGAAUUUCAAUCGACCCCUGGACCAGGACCUCAUAAGGUGCUUAUUGCAUCGGAAGAGCAGUUCAAAGUUUUUUCGCUUCCACAGUUAAAGCCGGUUAACAAAUACAAGCUAACAGCUCACGAGGGUGCGAGAGUCCGUCGUAUUUCUUUUGCUACAUUUUCCUGCAACGUUCCAGCACAUCAAUUACAACACAGUCCAUCAAAAGCAGGCGUUAGACCAGCAAGUGAAACUUCACCUGCUUCUGCAUCGCCCUCCGCUGAAGCUUUGAACACUAGUAGCAGGACAGAUGUUGGUAGUGCUCCAGAAGUUCUUACACAUACAGAAAUCAGCUUACUCUGCUUAACAAACCUGGGUGAUUGUCUAGUGCUGUCAAUUCCCGAGCUUAAACGGCAACUAAACGCCGCUGCAGUUCGACGCGAGGAUAUCAAUGGCAUUUCAUCUCUUUGCUUUACGAACCAUGGUGAGGCAUUGUACAUGAUGUCUUCAUCCGAGGUGCAGCGAAUCACAUUGUCUACUUCGAAAAUCGUUUCUCCUACGGGAUUUAUUGAGUUGGAAGAUUGGACGCAUACAGAAGAAGAUGAUGAGGGUGUAGAAGAUGCACCGGUUGUUGACGGAGAAGAACCACAACCGGUUGGUCAGAGCUCCCCAAAAACUGGUAGUGAGGAUAAAAUAGCAACGGCCGCUUCUGCUCCACUUACAGUUGUCGUAACUAGCAUCAACGGAACUGGAUCUACUGGUGCUGGUGGAGAUGGAUUGCCGAACGGAGUCGGUAACGGGGAUGAUGCUUCGCCGCACAAGGCCAAUGAAACUAUAACUAGCUCGAUCGGAGAUAUAACGAUUGACUCGGUGCGCGAUCACCUCAACUCAACAACUAGUACACUUUGUUCGACGACCACAGAAGAGAUUGUUGGUCGCUUAUCAGUACUGAGCACUCAUUCCAAUAGUGUAUCAUCAUCUGCGAAGACAGCCGAAAUAACUGCCUUAAAUUCAUCUAACAUCAAAGAUUUGAAACACGUGGGUGACUCCACAGAAACAGCAUCGAAUUCAGUUAUCAUAAAAUCAGUUAUUACAACCGUUAAGCACGGUAUUGGACACGUCAAUGGAGAGCACAAUUCUUCUACAACUACGACUGAGAGUAGCAAAACGACAGCAAUUACAUCCGGCGGCACCGGAACAUCGCUCCCACUACUUCGGAAGGAGAGCAAAUUUUAACGAGUGAUUUUCUUUAAAGACGAGUAUCGACAACAAAUGAGCACACACAGACCACACACAACCAUAAUUGUUGUCGUUGUUCAAGUUUGAGUUAGUUUAUUAACAAUAAUUUUAGUGUUUUAGACGCGUUCCAGAGUGGUAAGUAUUUUAUUCAUUUAGAUUUUCGUUUCAUGUGUUACUUGAAACUGCUUUGAAAGAAUUACAAAAUAUUGAUUUAUUCACAAUUCAUCAAAUAUUGGAAUGCAACUGACACAUAUAUUCGUUCAAAAUAUCGAAGGCAUUUAAGCACUCUGAAACAACAUAAUAAUAUAAUGUAUAAACCAAACAAAGUUUUUUGUCUAAUUCAUGAGUCAUUUGAGAUGCUUUCUAUAACAUAUCAUUUUAAUUACAAUCAGGACGAAUGAAUAAGGCCUUUUAUUUAUUAACGUAACUUAAACAAAAAUACAUGAACUGUAACCGUACACCCCUCGAUCGUUGUUGUACGAGUUGGGCCAAACAAGCUUUUAUAUAUAUACAGAAAUUUAUAUAUAUAAUGUGAAUGUAUAGGAAGUUGAAACCGCUUCCACUAACAACGACGUUAUGCAAAAAUAUUAAUUAGAAUGACCAUUUUUAAAUGAAAAUGAAGCUUCAAAAGCUAGCUGGACUACGUGUGUGUCUUAUUCAAAACAAUCUGUAAGAUUUCGGGUAACGUCUGAGCCCCUCUGAGAAUAACAUGUAACUUUGUUGGCUACGUAUUAAAAUAAGUGUAAUGCUAUGCACGACAAGACAAAUAAGAAUAUAUAUAUUUUCAACUUGCGAUCCUGCCGACAUUUCGCCUUGAUUUAAUUAUACAGCUUCCACUUGGCGAAACAAAAAGGUGGUCGAUCAUACACAAUCGGUAUUUAUAUAUUACUUAUAUUAGUUGUAGCAGUAUUUUGGAUGCAAUUUACAGAGUACUACUAAGAAACUUUUAUCUGAGAAGAGUUUAAAUAAAUGUCUAUUAAGUUUUAGU